AGGCGUAAGCACAGGAUGGGGGGCUAGGAACUACAUAAACUCUCCUCAGACCAGUCAGGAGGUACACCCUCCCGGAGCGGCAGACCCCGGCCAAGCACUCUCAGGUGAUUGUUUCCAGUCAGAGUAAGGAAGGUCAAGCAAAGAACCGACAAUGUGUGAUGAUGAAGAGAGCACCGCCCUUGUCUGUGAUAAUGGGUCCGGUCUGUGCAAGGCAGGCUUCGCCGGGGACGACGCCCCCAGAGCAGUGUUCCCCUCCAUUGUGGGCCGUCCCAGACAUCAGGGUGUGAUGGUGGGCAUGGGGCAGAAGGACAGUUAUGUGGGUGAUGAGGCGCAGAGCAAAAGAGGUAUCCUGACCUUGAAGUACCCCAUCGAGCACGGCAUCAUCACAAACUGGGACGACAUGGAAAAGAUCUGGCAUCACUCCUUCUACAACGAGCUUCGCGUGGCCCCGGAGGAGCACCCUACCCUGCUGACAGAGGCCCCCCUCAACCCCAAAGCCAACAGGGAGAAGAUGACCCAGAUCAUGUUCGAGACCUUCAACGUUCCUGCCAUGUACGUAGCCAUCCAGGCCGUGCUGUCCCUUUAUGCCUCCGGUCGCACCACAGGUAUUGUCCUCGACUCCGGUGACGGCGUCACCCACAACGUGCCCAUCUACGAGGGUUACGCCCUGCCCCAUGCCAUCAUGCGUCUGGACCUGGCUGGCCGUGAUCUUACUGACUACCUCAUGAAGAUCUUGACAGAGAGGGGCUACUCAUUUGUCACCACUGCUGAGAGAGAAAUUGUUCGUGAUAUCAAAGAGAAGCUGUGCUACGUGGCUCUGGACUUUGAGAAUGAGAUGGCCACGGCUGCCUCAUCCUCCUCUCUGGAGAAGAGCUACGAGCUUCCUGACGGUCAGGUCAUCACCAUCGGAAACGAGAGGUUCCGCUGCCCUGAGACCCUCUUCCAGCCCUCCUUCAUCGGUAUGGAGUCGGCUGGCAUCCAUGAAACCACUUAUAACAGCAUCAUGAAGUGUGACAUUGACAUCCGUAAGGACUUGUACGCCAACAACGUCCUGUCUGGUGGUACCACCAUGUACCCAGGAAUCGCAGACAGAAUGCAGAAGGAAAUCACAGCUCUGGCACCCAGCACCAUGAAGAUCAAGAUCAUAGCCCCACCCGAGAGGAAGUACUCAGUCUGGAUUGGCGGCUCCAUCCUGGCCUCCCUCUCCACCUUCCAGCAGAUGUGGAUCAGCAAGCAGGAGUACGACGAGGCAGGCCCUUCCAUUGUGCAUCGCAAGUGCUUCUAAACAAGGCCCAGACCCGCCCAACCACUCCUGCCCAAUCUCUGCUCUCGCUCUAUUGCCUGUAAACUGUGAAUGUCUCCCCCCCCAUCCGUGUUUCUGUCUUUGCACUGUCCACCCCCGAGUGAAUGAGUGUGGUGUUUUUUCUUGUUGAAUGAUUAAAGCUUGAAUGUGCAGCUGAUUUAAACUUUGGGAACAUUCCUGGGGGAGUGUAUGAAGACUUCAGCGUUGGCAAUAGAAAGAGGCUGAACAUGUUCCACAGAGCUCACAUUCUCCCUCUUGUGUUCACUUUGUUCUGUACACCAUCCCUGGAGGUGGCCAAGUCUCUGGCACGGCUUAGAUCACUCCUAAGAGCUUCAACCAUCUGACUGUUUGUAAAGACCCAUGUGAACAUAAACACCCCAGGAAGAAAUAAAGCUCUCAUACAAGUA